AAUUAAAUUUUAAAGUAUCAACAAAUUUGAAUAUCAAAUUAAAUCAAAGUAAUUUUUAUCAUAUAUAAAAUAAUAAAUUUUGUGUGUUUUGUGAGAGUUUAAAAUUAAUACAAAUAAAUUAAGAACGUGCAGCUUAACACAAGGAUUUUUAAUCCUUGGCAAUAUGGCCAACAUUAUGAGCAGCAGAAUAAAAUUCAUUGUUGCAGCUUUCCUCCUAUUGAAUUGUUCAAUAGCUAUUAAAUCAGAUCAUAUUGAAGAUGAUUGCAGAGAAGUUCAAUGCCCCUUGCCUGAGCUUGAAUGCCCCAGUGACAGUGAAUUGAAAUCUUCAGCUUCUGAUAAUUUAGACGAAGAUGAUGAAUACAAUGAUGCAAAUCCAUUUGAUAUGCUUGCAGCUGAUGGUAAGAUCGAAGAACUAUAUCCAAGUUCAUUAUUUCCAACCACCACCGACUCCCCAUCGUCAUCUUCAUUACAUCUUCUUCAAAAACGAAGUCUUCAACAUCGUCGCCGAGAGGCGAUAAAGAUCGUUCCAGGGGAUUAUCGAAGCUUCGAGCCGGAAUUCUUCAAAUACCACAACCACCAUCAACCUCACAGAAAAUGGAAACGGGAUCUGGUAAUUAAUGGCCAGUCUAAUUCCGAAGAUGAAAUCAAAAAAUGUUGCCCAGAAUUCCAGUGUGUUUGUCGAACCUGUCAAAAUCCACCCAAAUGCCAUAAGGAUCAUGUUGCAAUAGUUGUUGAGCAAGGUCAUGGUUUGCCAGGAAGUUGCUGUCCAAAGUAUGAGUGUGUUCCAGAAAUGGAGUGCAGUAUUGCAAGUCAGCCAAAGUCGCCUUAUUGGAGAGAUGAAUGCCUAGAGUGUGAUUGUUUUGCUGGACAUGAACUCUGUCAGCAAGUUUGUGAGGUAAAUGAAGACCAAAGUGCUUUGAACUGCUUCUCGGGAUAUUUGAAUAGGCCCAAGAUGAACGGUGACACUUGGCUUGAAGAUGACGACUGCAAGGAAUGCAAGUGUGUAAAUGGAGAUAAUCAGUGUCAGGAGAGCUAUUGCAAGCCAGUAGAUUGUGAAAAUCCAAUUAAAAUUGCUGGAAAAUGUUGCAAAGUCUGCCCAACAACAUCUUCAACUACAUCGACAACUUCCUCACCUCCCGAAACAGAAAUUCCAGAUGAUGUCGAGGACUACGAGUCCACAACCAUGCCAGUGCAAGAAGUUCCAGUGACAACAACAACAACAGAAAUCCCAGUUGAAACUUCAACAACAACAUCGGCACCAAUUAUAACUUCAACAACAACCAUAGAUGUUGAUAAACAUUUCACAACAACAUCAACUCCACCAUCAACUACAACUGAUAUCGAAACCCAACCUCAAGACAUCAGGAAUUUGUUGGAAGAAAUUGACAUAAUAGUUGUACUCAUUGUUGCAUCAGCUAUUUUAGUGAUAUUCACAAUUGGAAUUGGAUUUGUUGUGACACAAAAACAAAAGAAAAAGAAACUUGUCUAUUCAACAAUUCCAAGUUCUGAGUCUAGUCAAUCGUCUAGUAUUACAUUGGCUUAAUGUACGCUACGCAGCGCUCUAAGAGAAAAACCUGAAAUUUAUACAUAUUAUUUAUAAUUUAACUAUUUUUUUUUGUUAAAUGUUGCUUCAUCAAUUUGAUAAUAGAAAAAUGUUGCAACAACUUUUGUAUACUCAUUUUUGUUUGUAUGAUUAUUUUAAAUUUAUAUUAUUUAUUUAUUUUAUUAUUUUCCUUAAAUUUUUUAAUUGAUUUUCAUUUUCUUAAGUGACAGCGAUUUUAUUUGUUUAGCUACUUGCCUUAAAAUUUAACAAAUCAAUGUUGCAAUGUUGUUGUUAUGUUGCAACAACAUCAAUCUUAUAAACAUAUUUUAUCAAAACAUUUUUUAAAAGUAUUUAAAAUGCGAAACCUUUGAAUAAUAAAAUGUUCAGCUUUAAUUUUCGAUAUUUCAAAAUUCAAAACAAUUCCCCUACAACUUGUGGUCAGUUUUUUGAAAAUAACUUUAAAGUUCCAGUGAAAUUUGCCUAUUUUUACAGAUCAGGCCUUGCUUUAAAGCUUUAAAAAUGGUUAUCAACGAAUUUUUGUUUUUGACAGAUUCAAUCAAA